AUGUUGAUCAGUUACGUGAUUCUUAUUGCUUCCCAUUUGAAAUGGGCAUGCAACUUCCUGCUUUACCACUCUUUCUCCAAGCAAUAUUCGCAGCAGGAGAUGGCAGAGAUGGGCGAAGAAUUAAGCAUAGAGCGGUACGAGUGCAGAGAAGAAGAAAUGGAGUGCCCUGUGUGCCUAUGCGUGAUCGAGGAAGGAGAAGAGAUUAGCGAGCUGAGAUGUGAGCAUCUUUUUCAUAGAGAUUGUUUGGACAGAUGGGUUGGGUACAGGCACGUAAACUGCCCCCUUUGCCGUGGUUCCCUAUUUCCAUGCACAGCUGUGCAGGGUGAUCACGAGAAUCACGUGGAAGUGCUGUUUUUCAAAUAUUCUUCUUUCACUUCUUCUUCUCGUCACCACCGCGACACAUGCCGAUUUAACAAUAAUCUACCUUCUUCAAUAUCAAUCAUGUUGAGUUCCCUGAAGUGGGCUUUCUCCAAGCCACCACACGCGCAUGAUGGCGUGCCGGAAAUUGGUGAAGAACUGAGCAUAGUACGGUACGAGCAGGACCCUGCGUGUUGUUCGGAAGUGCAAUGCUCUGUGUGUCUAUGCAAGAUCGAAAAUGGAGACGAGAUUAGAGAGCUAAGAUGCGAUCAUCUGUUUCACAGAGUUUGCUUGGACAGGUGGCUUGGAUACAAGAACCUAAGCUGUCCUCUGUGCCGCGAUUCUUUGGCCCCGUUUAGAGCAUUUGCUGAGCUCGGAGUGGAAGUUCUGUCGUUUAAGUUUUUCUCCUCCAGCUCGGCCGACCGGGAGACAUGGUGGCUACGUUAA